AUGGAUAACCUUCAAAAGGCACUGCCAAAUCCUGAAGAGAGUUCUUCGAAUGGUCCUGCUGAUUCGAAAUCCACCAAAGCUACUGGAGAUGAAAGUCCAAUUCCUGCAGAUGCCACCUGGAAACUGUUAAUGAAUGAUACAUUAAAUGAGACUGACCUUUCCAGAGUUUCUAAAGAAUGUCAUAACAACCUAGUUACUGAGCAAAUAAAAAUGGAAGAAGGGAACCAAAGGGUAUUUAUAAAUAUAUCAGGUCUGAGAUAUGAGACCCAACUUAAAACACUAAGUCAAUUUCCUGACACCCUCCUUGGAGAUCCUCAAAAAAGAAUUCAUUAUUUUGAUUCCAUGAGAAAUGAAUACUUUUUUGAUAGAAAUCGACCUAGUUUUGAUGGAAUCCUAUAUUACUACCAAUCUGGUGGCAAAAUACGACGUCCAGCAAAUGUACCAAUAGAUGUUUUUGCAGAUGAAAUAGUAUUCUAUGAUCUUGGAAAUGAAGCUCUGGAUCAGUUUCGAGAGGAUGAAGGAUUUCUAAAAGAUCCUAUAAUACCUUUACCAACAAAUAACUAUCAUAGGCAAUUCUGGUUGCUCUUUGAAUACCCAGAGAGCUCAAGUGCAGCAAGAGGCAUGGCAUUGGUCUCUGUCCUGGUUAUUGUCAUCUCCAUAUUAAUAUUCUGUUUGGAAACGUUACCAGAAUUUCGAGAGGAAGGUGUCUUCAAAUAUUCAAGCAAUUUUACGAAGGAGGCUACAUACUUUAACACCUUCACAGAUCCAUUUUUUCUUGUAGAGACUAUAUGCAUUAUUUGGUUUUCAUUUGAACUUGCUGUUCGGUUUAUCGUCUGCCCAAGUACGUCCGAGUUCUUUCAAAAUAUUAUGAAUAUAAUUGAUAUUGUAUCUAUCAUUCCAUAUUUUGUAACACUUAUCACUGAACUUGCGAAACAAACAGAGCUUAAUGGACAACAAAACAUGUCUCUAGCUAUUUUAAGAAUUGUACGGCUUGUUAGAGUUUUUCGAAUUUUUAAGCUCUCAAGGCAUUCAAAAGGACUUCAGAUAUUAGGACAAACCCUAAAAGCCAGCAUGAGAGAAUUGGGGUUGUUAAUAUUUUUCCUUUUUAUUGGUGUCAUUUUGUUUUCCAGUGCAAUAUAUUUUGCAGAAGUUGAUGAACCUAAGUCUCAGUUCAUAAGCAUCCCUGAUGGCUUCUGGUGGGCUGUAGUGACUAUGACAACUGUUGGGUACGGAGAUAUGUGCCCAAUCACAUUAGGGGGUAAAAUGGUAGGUACUCUUUGUGCUAUUGCAGGAGUGCUAACUAUUGCCCUUCCAGUUCCAGUUAUUGUAUCAAACUUUAAUUACUUCUAUCACAGAGAAGCAGAAAAUGAGGAACGGCAAAUUUUAUCUACAGAAAUGGAGAAAGGUAGUUUAAACAAUUUAACACGAUCGGUAAGCACUUCUUCUCUGAAGAAAAAUAAUGGAUCCUGUAUUACAGACAGGAAUGGUAAAACUUAA